CAAUUUUAGAGGGAUAUUUGCCUCCCUUUUAAUUUUCUCCCUCUCUCCUCCCCUGUAUCCCUUUCAACCCUUUCUCUCUCUCUCUUUCUCUUGGCUCUGGAGAGGGCCCUCCCCGGCGACUCCCGAACCGCGUGCCAACCGUAGGAAGCAGCCAGAGAGGAGGAAAGAGAAGGGUCGCGGAAGGAUAAUCCCUGUAUAAAAUCUUGCGAGGACUGACGUUCGGUUCGGAGUAGAUCCGGCGACCUCUGUUCCUGCUGAAUCGCCUUCUUCGACCGAAAAAAAAAAAAAAAUCUGUCGUAGAUCCUGAUGUCUCUGUAAUUUGAGUUGGAGGAGGCGGGAGCUUUUUAUUUCUGCGGAGAGAUCUGCGAUCCCUGGCCGGUUUGCCGUGGAAGGGAGGUAAACGACCGGUUUCCGGCUGAGGAUCAUCGUUAGUAGUGGUGGAGAACUCUCGGUUUCUGUGACAGGAGCGAUCCGGUGCUUGAUCGGAGGAUAAUCGUGUUGGGCAGCUGCAGGGAGAGGGUUCGGUUGUGCCUCCUUUCUUGUUCUUUUUUUCUGUUUCUCCUUUUGCGAGCGGGUUUGGGGGGGAAAGGAUGCCGACUUUCAUCGGCGGAAUGUGAAGUAAUAUGGCAGUGAAUGACGGAUCGAGGGAUGACGCUUUACAUUGCUCGCGAAGCUUCCAAGCUAUGGAGGAGGAUCACUGCGGAGACGACGAUAGAGUUGCUUCUUCUGGCCGAGAAGUGGAAAUUUCUUCUGCUGGGACUCAUUUUUCAGUAUCUGCACGGAUUGGCUGCUCGAGGAGUUCAUUAUUUGCAUCGUCCUGGUCCAAUACUUCAAGAUGUUGGAUUCGCAAUUCUUCCAGAGCUUGGUCCAGAAAAAGGAUACAUUAGUGAGACCGUCUUUACGUUCAUUUUCUUUUCCUUCUUCUUGUGGACAUUUUAUCCUUUCAUCUUUCACAGCAAGAGGUUCUACACUGUACUGCUCUGGUGUAGGGUUCUGGCAUUUUUAGUGGCUUGUCAAUUUUUGAGAAUCCUUACUUUCAUGGCAACUCAGCUUCCGGGCCCCAACUAUCAUUGUCGUGAGGGAUCAAAGCUUGCUCGUUUGCCACCCCCAAAGAGCGUCUUUGAAGUGCUCUUGAUCAACUUCCCUAGAGGCGUGUUAUUUGGCUGCGGUGACCUCAUAUUUUCAUCUCAUAUGAUCUUCAGUCUUGUAUUUGUUCGAACUUAUCAGAAAUAUGGGACAAAGAGAUUGAUUAAGCAGCUGGCUUGGCUGGUGGUAGUUAUUCAAAGUCUGCUGAUCAUUGCUUCCCGCAAACACUAUACAGUUGAUGUUGUUGUUGCAUGGUACACUGUGAAUUUGGUGGUGUACUUCGUCGACAAACAGCUCCCUGAAGACAUAAUCGAACGUAAUGGUGGAAAUCCCUCACCGUUGCUACCCAUGAAUGGGAAAGAUGCUAGAUCUAAAGAAGAGCUCGUCAAGUUUAUGAAUGGCAAUUCUAUUGAUAACAGUGAUUGGAGACCAAGAACACAAGUAAAUGGAAAGAUUUUGGAGGAUGCCAACCAAGUUCACGUCGACUUGGGGAUGAACGGUGCUUGAAACAUGCUGCCUGCUCCACCAAUGCUGACAUGUGUGCGGCUUACUCUCGCUGUUCAACACCAUUGCAAGCAGCUCUUAAUUCCGCUGAUUACUCUUCAAGGAGCAAUAGCAACCCAAGUUGCGUUUUUAAAUCGGGUUUAAAAUUUUGAUCAAGUCUCCCAAUUCUGUAUCAUGGAAGUAAAGAGGUUCUCAAGUGAAUAGAAUGAUGAUUUUUCUUUU